AUGCUUUAUUGCUUGUUUACAAUUUAUUUUUUCUUUUUGAUCGUAGUAUCGCGGACGGGCUUGAACUUCAACCGCUCAGGAACCCUAAGUGCCGAAAGAAUAAUAACUGACCAGCUGGACGAAGCGCCUCUUCCUGCACCAAGCACGCAGCCGGGGCGAUUGGCUUCGGGUGUUGGGUUCGCACGCCACGGUCGUAACUCACGGCUCGCGGUCGGGGCGACGGCGGCGGCGGCGGCGGCGACGGCGGUGCAGCCAGGUGGCGCCGGUGACCGCCAGGCGCGCGGAGGCGUGACGCCGCCUUCGCCUACUCCACCGCCGCCGCCUCCAUCGUCACCGCCGUCCGCCCACCUGCCACCGUGCCUCCACCGCUUCCGCCACCUCCAACGCCAUCCGCCUCCGCCACCGCCUCCGCCACCACCGUUGCCGCCGCCUCCACCACCGCCCCCCGCCGCCCCCACCCCUCCUCCGCCGCCGCUCAGCCCCACCAACUUCCGCCUCCAUGGUUCCCUCCUCCUCCGCCACCGCCGCCUCCACCGCCUCCGCCCGCCACGCUCUGUGCGCUGCGCCCCGCCGUCGACGCGGAGAAAGCAGCGCGCCCCGCCCGCCUGGCCGAGAGGCGCCGUGACGCCGUUCCGCGCAACGCUGCUGCCGCCGCCGCCGCCCGCGUCGCGACGCCCGCGGCGGUCAUUGUCCCCGAAGGGGGACCGCACAGGGGCACGCGGUGCGGCGGACACUGAUUCAUUGCUAGUUUGUGUUUUCUGA